GCUCGGUACAAACAAUACGGACAGGUGUGUCUACUCCCGUGGUCUCGUUACCGCAACUGGCUGCUGAUGCACAGCAACGUAGCUUGGCGUCCUUGCCUGGUGCUCCGAAUUCAGCGAACUGAUCGAUAAUCUUAAGGAUCUUGGCUUCCAGGGGAAUAUGUUUGUGACGACCCGGAUGCAGGCGCUGCAGACAUGCGAGGUGCUGCUCCGAAUGACGAAAGAGAACCUGGACGUGAAGAUGCAGAUCAUUAUCAUGUACCUCUCGUCGCAGGUGGCUCGUUUGCGCCGUUUCCUGGAUAACGAACAGGCCUGGGACGAUUAUCCCGAGCCUCAGUUCCCAGAUUACAAGAAGUAUACUGGGGAAUAGCAAUAUUAAUGGUUGUAUGAUAUCUUAUGAUCGAUACUUUGUCUGCUUAUGUCAACCUUGCUUUCGGCCACCACCCGAGCCACAGCUUCUAGCCCCGUUAGCCCAAUUCGACAAUCGAUGCCAUCAAAUCUAGAUAUGCUCCAGGCUAUAUAAACGAGCACAGUCUCGGUUGUCCUGCCUCAGUCCUCUCCACUCUUGCAGUAUCUGGAACCCUUACUAAAUACACCAAUG